ACAUGGGCGACCAUGACUUCGAGGGCGCCCCGCAGCACCACCCAGACCUUGUGUCCUACAUCAGGCAGCUGCACCUGUUGGCGCCGAAGGGGGCCUCCGCGCCGUACGCGCUCAGUCGGCCCAACGCCACCGACUUCUCGCAGAACGGCCAGAGCAAGGAAGUCGAGAAGGUUCUCAAGGGGAAGCGCGGCGGAGUGUUCGUGGAGGCCGGCGCUUACGACGGGGAGCAGCUGAGCAACACGCUGUACCUGGAAAGGAACCUCGGUUGGAAGGGCCUCCUGGUUGAGCCCGACCCGUGGAACUUCUGGUCGCUCAGGAAGAAGGGCAGGAAGGCCCACCUGGUGAACGCGUGUCUGUCCCCCAGCCCCUACCCCAGGGAGGUCACCUUCAAGCAAAGCGACACCAUGGGCCACAUAGCGAGCCAGGGCGAGGAGGCCAACCGGCGGGGGAUCUUCACCAGGGUCAAGUGCUUCCCUUUGUACUCUCUCCUCCUCGCCAUCAACACCACGAAGGUUGACCUCCUCUCCCUCGACGUAGAAGGAGCAGAGCUACAGGUAUUGAAAACACUUCCCUGGGAGAAGGUGCAGAUCCAGGUGCUCUGCAUCGAGUACCGGCACAUCCCCGAAGGCAGUCAGGCCCUAAGAACCUACCUGGAGGAACGAGGCUACGCCCUGUAUAGUUCCGUUGGCGAUGAUUACAUCUUCGUCAGAAAAGACCUAGAGAAGAUCCCACAAGAAGACUUGCUGUAGAGAGUCGCACAUCACGUGGAGUUAUGUGGACAACAUGGACAGAAACUUUGUAUGCUUGUGUUCACGUCCAGAGUGUUUGUGUGAUAUGCGCGGAGAACUACUUAACGUACUAUGUAUCUGCGUGUAAAGUAUGGUGAUUUUGUCUGUAUACGAGAAGCCGCAUAAUGUCUCAUCUGUACCGCUUACACAAACUAGAUUUUUACAUUACUGUUAAGGCGGCAUAAGGUUGUGAAUACUCUGUGAUAGUUCGCGACGAUUUUCAUAAAUGUACACUUUUCAUAUACGACUUUUUAGCGCACUUUUUGAAUGACAGUGAGUUUAUACGUUUUGAGUGAAAUGUAAUUACUUUCAUCAAACAGAAUUUCCAGAUCCAUAGGCUGUACUAAGUUAGUACUUAUUCUCUGUAGGUUUUAAUUGUAUGUUUAUAUGAAUGGACUGUGCCGAAAUUAAAUUAUAUUGUGUCUUCAAUGAUUCAUUGUGUCUUGUAAAUAUAUCUAAGGAUUUUGUUCAGGUCUGCAAUGACGAUUAACUGUUGCAAAAUAUGUUUCUAUAUUCAUUUUUAAAAAUUUCUUUCUUUCUUAUCGAGGUAAAGAUACACUCAGUAGGUUGAGGAUAACUGACCGUAUGCAGCAUUAUUAUCACCAACCAUUUCCUUAUCAAGUGAUUAUCAGAACCAACCUGUCCGUUACCAAUUGCUUAUCGUCGCCUAAUGUGUCGCCAAUCUCUCUCUCGCUCUCUCUCUCUCUCUCUCUCUCUCUCUCUCUCUCUCUCUCUCUCUCUCUCUCUCUCUCUCUCUCUCUCUCUCUCUCUCUCUCUCUCUCUCUCUCUCUCUCUCUUUCUUUCUCUCUCUCUCUCUCUCUCUCUCUCUCUCUCUCUCUCUCUCUCUCUCUCUCUCUCUCUCUCUCUCUCUCUCUCUAUCUAUCUAUCUAUCUAUCUAUCUAUCUCCAUGUUUCUGUCUCUGUCUGUCUGUCUGUCUUUGAAACAUGAUUAUUAUCAAAUGUGUCACCAAUCUGUCACCGUGCCAUCAGCCAUCACCAACCUGUCAGUCACAUCUUCGCCUCGAUAUGAAAACAAAGCAUAAUGUUUGGAUAUCUACUGCUUGCGCAGUUUUUCUACGCAGGUGCCUUAUUCAACUCCAUGCUUACAGGAGCAAAAGUGCCUUAACAGGACACGGAGAAUUUUUGUUAAUGAAUAUUGUAAAGUAAUGAGAAACAUGGGGGGGGGGGGGAUAUCUGGCAGAGAAGUACCAUGGUGAAAAUCCACACGCUUGGCAGUGCCAGAGCUUCUUGUAGAAAAGGGAAGGAAACUUGAUGUUGUGCAUUCUAUAUUGAUGUCAGUAUGGUGUUAUAUUUUUUUUCUAUGGAAAGUAACUAGUUUUGGUUUUGAAUAAAAAAUACCGCAAAUAUG